AUGGCUGAGAACAAGGAUCAAGAAUUGGCCAAAGCUAAUGGAUACAACAAAAUUGAUCAAGAAUUGGGGGAUUUAUCAUUAGCUGAAGAGCUCAAAAAGAAGAAAAUGACCAAAAUAGCCAAAUAUAUUGUGGCUGCUUUUCUAAUUUGUGUGGUUAUUGUUAUUAUGGUCUUGGCACUAACUAUCAUGAAAGUUAAGUCUCCACAAGUGAUGAUAUUAGAGAAUGCUCAUAUCCAAACAUUGACCACUACUAAUUCUUCUUUUGAUAAGAGCUUCUCAACCCAAAUUAGGAUUAAGAACACCAAUUUUGGGCUCUACAAGUUCGAAUCCACCACCCUCAACUUCAUCUACGACGGAGCCAUCCUAGGGCAAGUUGUCAUUCCUAAGGGUAAAGUUGGAAAGAUGUCCACCAAAACUAUUAAUGAUGUGAUUGUUAGGUUGAGUUCGGCCCAAUUACCAAAAAACACUACUGGGAGUUUGUUGAGUCUGAAUAGCUCGGGUAGGAUGAGUGGGAAAGUGAAGAUUUUAACCAUGAAGAGAAAGAAAUCGAUCAUUAUCAAUUGUAGUAUUACUAUUGAUGUCGCUCUUAAGAACAUUCAGAAUUUGCAAUGUUGGAGUAAGAGGCCGAAGAGAAAGCCAAUGGCGCCUAAACCCAAGAAAACAACACAAAAGAAGCCUAAGCAAAUAAAGAAAACAACAAAAAGAGUAUGA